CUGAAUCGUAUUGUUUGCAAGUCGAUACAAACAAACGUUUUUAAAAUAAUUUAUCGAAUAAUUUUCCAACAAAAAAGACAAUGUUAUUAAAAUUUGACAUUUGGAGUGUUGCUCUAAAGUUAUUGGUGUUCUAUCGGUGUUCUGGUUGGUGAUUAUGAUACAAUUAAUUGGACGUCAUUGCCUGUGGUGAAGGUGAUCACCCCCGUAGUGUCGCUCUCUGUGGUAUCUUAACCACUUCGUUCGUUCCUAGCGUCCAAAAUAACACAGAGAAAAUCCGAGCAAUAUGAUGUGGGAUUCGGCAACUUUUCUGGGAGCGCUCACGCCCAAAUUCUACGUGGCGCUGACCGGCACCUCGUCGCUGAUAUCGGGGUUGAUUCUGAUAUUCGAGUGGUGGUACUUCCGCAAGUACGGCACGUCGUUCAUCGAGCAGGUGUCGCUGGCGCACCUGGGCCCGUGGCUGGGCGGCGGCGAGGCGGACGGCGGCGCGGCGGGCGAGUGCAAGGUGUGGCGCAACCCGCUGGCGCUGCUGCGCGGCGCCGAGUACGGGCGCCUGUGGACGGCCGCGCGCCGCGCGCCGCUCACCUACUACGACAUGAACCUGUCCGCGCAGGACCACCAGGCCUGGUUCUCGUGCGGGGCGGAGGGCCCAGCCGAGGAGGCGAUGGCGCGCGCGUGGCGCGAGCGCGAGCCGGCGGCGCGGGUGGCGGCGGCGCGCGCGGCGCUGGCGCUGCGGCCCGACUGCGCCGCCGCGCUGCUGCUGCUGGCCGAGGAGGACGCGCCCACCGUGCAGGAGGCGGAGCGCGUGCUGAAGCGCGCGUGGCGCGCGGCAGAGACGGCGUGGCGCGCGCACGCGGCGCUGGGCGGCGGCGCGUGCGCGCGGCGGGACGCGGCGCUGCUGGCGCACAUCAAGCGGCGCGCCGCCAUGUGCGCGCGCCGCCUGGGCCGCCUGCGCGACGCCGCGCGCCUGUUCCGCGAGCUCGCGCGCGACGCGCCGCCCGCGCUGCACGCGCUCGCGCUGCACGAGAACCUCAUCGAGGUGCUGCUGGAGCAGCGCGCCUACGCGGACGUGUCGGCGCUGGUGGCGCGCCACGCCGACGCCGGCGGCCCGCGCUCCGCCGCGCUGCUGUACACGGCCGCCUUAUUACGCGCGCGCGCCGCCGCCGCCGCCCCGCCGCGCUCGCCGCAGGAGCUGCUCGCGCUCGAGGCCAUCCGGCGCGCGAUCGAGUUCAACCCGUACGUGCCCGAGUACCUGCUGGAGCUGCGCGCGCUGACGCUGCCGCCGGAGCACGUGCUGAAGCGCGGCGACAGCGAGGCGGUGGCGUACGCGUUCUUCCACCUGCGGCACUGGCGGCACGCGGACGGCGCGCUGCGGCUGCUGGGCGCGGCGUGGCGCGCGGCGGAGCGGUCGGCGCGCGCGGCGCUGGCGGCGGCGCCGCGGCACGGCUGCGUGCGCUGCGCCGACCGCGAGCUGCUGCCGGCGCACCACGCGGCGGCGGGCGGCGGGCGGCGCGCGCCGGCGCUGCUCCCGCUGGCGGCGGCGCUGUGCGCGCUGACGGCGCUGCUGGCGCUGCUGGCGCACCGCUGGCCCGCGCACGCGCACGCCGCCGCGCGCGCCGCCGCCGCCGCCGCCGCCGGCCUGCACCCCGCGCGCCUGCACGCGCUGCUCGCCGCCGUCUGA